AUGGAGGCAGCUAUGAGAGUUGUUAAAUAUGUCAAGAAUCAACCUGGAAGAGGAAUUCUAUUACCAAGCUCAAACAACAACAAUAUCACAACCUACUAUGAUGCAGACUGGGCAGCAUGUCCAAUUUCCAGGAAAUUGGUAAUAGGGUACUUAAUCAAGAUUGGAGACUCCUUAGUUGCUUGGAAAUCAAAGAAACAAACUAUAGUGUCUAGGAGUACUGCAAAGGCUGAAUACAGAAGUAUUGCAGCCACAGUAGCUGAACUCAUUUGGCUACAAGGACUAAUGCAAGAAAUUGGAAUUGAAUUAGUCCCUCCGCUUAUUGAGGUCGUCCUCUUGGGAGUCCUCGAUGAGCGGAUUUUAUCUGCAUCUAAUCACAAGAAAUUCAGCCGUGGUGAACGAGAUGACUUGAUCGAUGUCGGAUUGAUGACGAAUUGA